CGUCUGUACAUGCCAGCAACAGUCAUGGCGUCGCUGAAAAGUAUGAGUCGAGAAACUUCACGAAUGUAAAUACUAGAGGAGAAAACUUGCUAAAACUCCCUUGUAGUAAUUUAACCUUGUCUAGAAACAUGCCAAGGAAAAAGCCUUUCAGCAACAAACAGAAGAAGAAACAGCUUCAAGUGAAGCGGGAGAGAAAACGAGGGGACACUGGGUCAGGACCGAACAGCCGCAAUGCGAGUGCGGAACGAGGGACAGAGAGGGACCGAGACAGACAAUCAGACACAUCGGACAGUGAGACUACAGAUGUGAGGAGGAUCAACCAGCAACCCUUCAACAGAGAAGGGAGAUAUGACCCUAACAAGUACCGCCUGCACUUUGAGAAGGAGAGCAAGGAGGAGGUGGAGAAAAGGAAGAAGAUAGCGAGGGAAAAAAUUCUGCAGCCUGUGGCAGAGUCCAUCAUGGAAGUUGACAUCAAUGACAUCUACCCUCCCGAAAAAGGGCUGGAUUUCCCCAAGCGACCACCGUGGAACUACGGGAUGCAGCGAGAGGAGCUCUUUCGGAAGGAGGAGAAGUCGUUCAGGGAGUACCUGGAGGCGCUGCACUCCCGCAACCCGCCCGAAACCCUCAGCCACUUCGAACACAACCUGGAGACUUGGCGACAGCUUUGGAGGGUGCUGGAGAUGUCAGAUGUUAUUCUGCUCAUCGUGGACAUCAGACAUCCUGUGCUCCAGUUUCCCCCGGCCCUGUACCAUUACAUUACUGGCGAGCUGCAGAAGCAGGUGAUUGUGGUCCUGAACAAAGUGGACCUGUGUCCCCCCCCCCUGGUGCUGGCCUGGACCCACUACCUGAGCUCCCUGUUCCCCCACCUGCACUGCGUGUGCUUCACCUCGCACCCGGGACAGCCCUACAGCACCUUGCUUCAGAAGAAGAGGAUGAGGAGGAAGGUGGGGUGGGGCGGGGCCGGCGGUCCCACGCACAUCCUGAGGGCGUGUCAGGAGAUCACGGGCGGGAGAGUGGACCUGAGCAGCUGGGAGCAGAAGAUCCAGAGGGACGCCGACGACGGGGGCCCGGACGGAGAGCAGGCCGAGGAGGGGGCGGAGUCCGUGCUGAUGGAGCACCACAGCGACAUCGCCAUGGAGAUGGCCAGCCCCUCCCAGGAGCUGUACAGGGACGGGGUCCUGACGCUGGGCUGCGUCGGGUUCACCAACGUGGGGAAGUCGUCGGUGCUGAACAGCCUGGUGGGCCGGAAGGUGGUGAGCGUGUCUCGAACCCCAGGCCACACAAAGUACUUCCAGACCUACUACCUCACCCCCACGGUCAAGCUCUGCGACUGCCCGGGCCUGAUCUUCCCUUCCCGCGUGGACAGGCAGCUGCAGAUCCUGGCUGGCAUAUACCCAGUUGCUCAGCUGCAGGAGCCCUACAGCUCGGUGGGGUACCUGUGCGAGAGGAUUCCCUUCCAGGCUCUCCUCAAACUGAAGCACCCCGAUCUGGAGGAGAGACCUCUGGGGGAGGAGAGGCCCGAGAAGUGGACGGCCUGGGACGUGUGUGAAGCCUGGGCGGAGAGGAGGGGCUACAAGACCGCCAAGGCAGCCAGAAACGACGUCUACCGAGCGGCCAACAGCCUGCUGCGGCUGGCCAUCGACGGCAGGCUCUGUCUGUGUCUGAGGCCGCCGGGGUACUCUUCCCAGAGAGACAAGUGGGAGGCUCACCCGAACCUGGGCGAGAUCAUCGCCCUGCAGGGGAGGCGGGAGGAGGGGGCGGGGGACCGCGACGAGGAGGACGGCGAGUCCAGCUCGGAGCCGGAGGAGGAGAGGGACCGCGACGCGGACGACGACGAGGACGAUGACGACGAAGACGAGGGCCUCGACCGGCAGGGGAGAAGGGACCGGCCCAAGACCAACCUGACGGUCAACAUGUUCAGUGUUCUGGGGGAGGACGAGUGCGACUGAGGCAGCAUGUGCCACGCUGCGCUGACUCCUCUUCCUCCUCCUCUUCCUCCUCCGCUGUAGUCAUUCCUUUCUCCCUUCACAUCACCUGCUCCUUCUGGCUCUGUUCAUUCCCCCACUUUGUUUCAGGCUUUUCAUCUGUUCACUCCUCUCUCGCUUUGCAACACGCCUCUUUCCUCUCACUCUUCUCAUCUGCAGCGCUACUUUCGCACAUGCACACAUACACGCACAGGCACACAUACACGCACAUGCACACAUACACGCACAGGCACACAUACAAAC